GAGUAUAAUCAAACCGUUAGCGGCUGUUCUAGAGGUACUAGCAAAUAUUCAGAACCGUCCUUGAAAAAAAAUAAUUCAGCAAAAAUGCGUACGUUCGGCGUUUGCUUAGUACUGGUGUUGUUCGUGGCGAUGCUGGUCGGCACCAGCGGUAAUCCCGUCGGCGAUAAUGUGCUCACUUUAGAGACAACGGAUCAACCGUUAACCUUGUCCGAUGUCAACGACAAGCAAGGACAUGAGAAUGAAGGCGAUCGCUUGGCACGGGACUACGGCCACCAUGAUGGGCAUCAUGAAAAGCAUCAUGAUGGGCAUCAUGAAAAGCAUGAUGAUUGGCAUGAUGAAAAGCAUCAUGAUGGGCAUCAUGAAAAGCAUCAUGAAAAGCAUCAAGAAAAGCAUCAUGAAAAGCAUCAUGAUAAGCAUCAUGAAAGGCAUUAUGAUUGGCAACAUGGUGGGCAUCAUGGUUAAAGUUACUUCAAAUUAAAAAAAAUAUAUGCAUAUCUUUAUUUUGAACGGUGAAAGUAAACAUUUGAUUUAACAAAUUAUUGAAAUAAAACUAAAAAAAAAUCUUGCAAGAAUAA